UACGGUCAGAAGUUUACAUAUUUCUUUUCUGGUGGGUAAGCAUAUUUUCCUCAGUUGAAAACAAACAAAAACCCUAGAAAUUCCCCCUCCCAACUCCUACAAUUCACCUCUCAGUGAUUCUAUCUCCUUUGGAACCUUGUUCAAAAUUCCUCUCUCAAACUGACUCCGUCGUUUAAAGCUGCGAUUUUCCAAUGGCUUCUACGACUGCCACCUGGUCCCCAAGUUCUCUCCAGCUCCGACUGGUUCUCAAUUGCCGGAAAUCCCCCGCAAUUCUCGUACGGACGCGCCUGGGGAGGGUGGAUCGUCGGGUUCGGGUGCUCUGUGUAGCUCAUGGCGCAGCCAGAAAUGGGAAUGUGUCGGAUUCAACUCUUGAUGGGUUCUCCGGAUGGUCCGAGUCUUAUGAUGGGGAAGAGUCUGUCGAGUCGCAAAGGAAGAAAUGGUUUGGAGGGUUUGUGGGAGCAGGAGUAGCUGGAGUCAUUCUUGUCUCAGGCCUUACAUUUGCAGCAUUGUCUAUGAGCAAAAGAAACAAUUUGAGAUCAAGCCAACAGAUGGAGCCCUUGACUACUCAGCAGGAAGUGUCAUUGGCCUCUGAUGACCAAAAUGACAGCAUUAAAGAAGAUGAAAUUGCAGCUGUCAAGCUAGAAGAUAAUAGUCUGGAAGGCAGGACAGGUACAUAUAAGGAUUCUUCUUCAUCUCCAGAAUCUGAUGAAACUCCCAGUGAAAGUAGAGUUGGUGAUGAUUCUGAUGGCCUGACCUCAUCAGUACAAGAUGUUCAAUACAUAUCUAAUGGUACUGAUGCCAUUAACAAUGCUUCUAUUCAAGAAGAUUUGCAACACGAAUCAAGUUUUGAUAACAAUUCAAUUUCCCCUGAGACAGGCUCAUUGUCACUUAAUUUGCCUGAAUCUGAGAAUGUUUCUUUUGUUGCCUCUGGAUUUAAGGAUGUUGACAACUCUUCUAUGGGUAUGGCAGAAUUAAGUCAUGAACUUACAGAGAACCCGGUGAAUGUUAAACCAACCAUUUUCUUAGGCUUUGAUGGUAAUCCAUUAGAACUCAACACGGACCCCCAGUAUGAAAUGCAUGGUUCAGGCGGACAUCGAAAUUCCGAUCUUUCAUUAAAUUCUUCUUCUAGUACUAUUGCCCACAUAGUCAAUGAGCCUGUGUCUCUGAAUGUUGAUGUCAAUUCACAAUCAAAUGCAACUUUAGAAAAUCAAUAUUUGCCCAAAAACGAUAUAGAGACUGUAGUCCCGCCUUCAACCCAAGAAAAUCUUGACCUAAGCAAAACCCCACAGGUCUCAGCUGAGAACAAUAGCUCAUCCCUGGAAGUUCAUAACUAUAGUGACAGUGGGUCAUCUGAAAUUUCUCUGUCAGCAUCAACCUAUCCGUUCGGGAAUGAAAAAGACGCAGAUCAUCAUAAUCAGAUGAAUAGAAGCAGAUCAGAAUUACCAAAUCCUGGGAAUUCCUUCUCCUCUGCUGGUAUUCCUGCUCCAUCUGUAGUUUCUGCAGCACGACUGGUGCUUCCUGGGAAGGUUUUGAUUCCUGCAGUUGUUGAUCAGGUUCAGGGUCAGGCACUGGCUGCACUACAAGUUUUAAAGGUCAUUGAGGCUGAUGUUCAACAUAGUGACCUAUGUACACGUCGUGAAUAUGCUCGGUGGUUACUGUCUGCAAGCAGUGCUCUUUCGAGGAACACAAUUUCAAAAGUAUAUCCUGCAAUGUAUAUAGAGAGUGUUUCUGAACUUGCAUUUGAUGAUAUCACACCCGAUGACCCCGAUUUUGCAUCCAUUCAAGGCUUGGCAGAAGCUGGACUUAUCGCAAGCAAGCUUUCAAGACGGGAUAUGCUUUCUUCUUUAGAUGAAGACCAUAGUCCAUUCUACUUCUCUCCAGAAAGCCCUCUAUCACGUCAAGAUCUUAUCAGCUGGAAGAUGGCCUUAGAAAGAAGACAGCUGCCAGAAGCUGACAGAAAGACGCUGUACCGAAUUGCUGGUUUCAUUGACAUUGAUAAGAUACACCCAGAUGCAUGUCCUGCACUUGUAGCUGACAUAUCGGCUGGAGAACAGGGAAUCAUAGCUCUUGCAUUUGGUUACACACGACUCUUCCAGCCUGAUAAACCGGUCACAAAAGCCCAGGCUGCUAUUGCCCUUGCAACUGGUGAGGCUUCUGACAUUGUAAGUGAGGAGCUGGCACGGAUUGAAGCGGAAUCAAUGGCAGAAAAUGCUGUUGCUGCGCAUAGUGCUUUAGUAGCUGAAGUUGAGAAAGAUAUCAAUGCCAGUUUUGAAAAGGAGCUUUCCUUAGAGAGGGAAAAGAUUGAUGCUGUGGAGAAAAUGGCGGAAGAGGCAAGACAUGAAUUGGAAAGGUUAAGAGCUCAGAGAGAGGAAGAUAACAUUGCAUUAACGAAGGAUCGUGCUGCUGUUGAAUCAGAAAUGGAGAUUCUCUCAAGGUUAAGGCGGGAUGCGGAGGAGCAGUUGCAGAGCCUAAUGAGUAGCAAGGCAGAGAUAUCGUAUGAAAAGGAAAGGACCAGCCAACUUCGGAAAGAGGCAGAAAAUGAAACCCAGGAGAUUGCCCGCUUACAGUAUGAACUAGAGGUCGAGCGAAAAGCCUUGUCUAUGGCCAGGGCUUGGGCUGAGGAUGAGGCAAAAAGAGCAAGAGAACAAGCGAAAGUCCUGGAAGAGGCUAGAUUUCGCUGGGAGAGGCAGGGCAUCAAAGUAGUUGUUGACGCUGACCUUGAGGAAGAAACCACUGCUGGAGUUUCGUGGCUCAAUGCUGGGAAGCAAUUCUCAGUUGAAGGUACUGUUAGCAGGGCCGAGAACCUGAUGGACAAGCUCAAGGCAAUGGCAGUGGAUUUAAGAGGGAAAUCCAGAGAUAUAAUUGAUAAGAUCAUCCAGAAGAUAGCCUUAUUAGUAUCAAAUUUGAGAGAAUGGACCGCGAGGGCUGGAAAACGAGCUGAAGAAGUACGACAUGCUGCCAUUUCAAAGGCAAGUAGAUCAGCACAAGAGUUGCAGCAAAGCACCGCACAAUUAAGCUUGGCCCUCGGGGAAGGUGCAAAGAGAGUUGCCGGAGAUUGUAGGGAAGGAGUCGAGAAACUCACCCAGAGGUUCAAGACAUGAUCUCUCUAUCUCUCCAAUAAUUUUUUUUAGCAGUGAUUGGCUGCUGAGAAAUUGGAAAUGUAAUUUUGUUGUAAUUUUCCUCUCCUUUCCCAUGUAUUGAUAAAUCGGGGAUUUGGCCUGUACUAGAAUACUGAGAUGCUGAAUAAACACCUGUGCGAGGAACUGAUAGUGUCCAAUUAAACACAAAGAGAAAAGAAGAAAGGAUUGUGGAAUAAUAAUACGAUUUCAUUUGUUGAGAUCACUUUUGUGUCA